AUGCUAUUCCAUCAUUUUGAUUACAAAAAAAUGAAUGAGAUAGAGAAACUGGUAGAGGAGUACAUUUCUCCUGAACAAGUCAUGUUUCGGUAUGGUAAAGAAAAGAAGGUAGAGAUUAUUUAUGAAAAGAACAAAGAUAAAGAAGAGAACAAAAUAAGAAAUGAAAUAUUAAAAAAGCUAGUACUCUUUAUAGAGGAAACAGAUAUAGAAGAUGGCAAGGGAGAAAAAAAAAAGAAAGAAGUAAAAACAAAAGAAGAAAACAAAUUAACGGAUAUGGAUGUCAAUACGAAAAAUGAAUUUUACCAGAACAGUUCAGGUAAAAAUUUUAAAAUAAAGUAUAACAAAUUAAUACGAAUAAUCGUAAUGUUAAAAAAAUAUUGUUUCUGCAAUGAAAAUAUGAAAAGAGGGACAGCUGUAAAUUUAAUUGCCCAACUAUUUGACGAAGUAAACAUUGCAAAAUUGGAAAAAGAAUAUUUAAAAUGUAUUAUAUUUUUUUUUAUUAAAAAAAUAGAAGACUGGCAUUGUGUUAAUGGGGUAGUUAAGUUUUUUUUAAUUAUGUUUGAAAGGUAUAUAGACAUACUGAGAGAUAUACAAUAUUCAAGUGAAAUGACUACAAUUUAUAAAUAUUUAUUCGUUUUAAAAAAAAAUAAGAAAAUGGGAAAGACGAUUUACUUAACGAAGGAACGAAAUGCAGAUGAAUUGUGCGUUGAAAGUAAAGAGGAAAUGAAUGCAGAAAAGGAAGAAGAAUUGUGUGGGAAGCAAGAGCGACAGGAGUGGCAUGAUCAUUAUAGCGGUGGAGAUGAUAAUGAUUACUUAAAUAAUGGCGUGUAUGAUAAUGAUUACUUAAAUAAUGGCGUGUAUGAUAAUGACUACUUAUAUAAUGAUGAGUACGAUAAUUACGACUACGAUGACUCAUGCGAUGAUAGCGAAGAGGAGGGAAAUUACGGACGUUAUUAUGAACAAGAUGGCAAUGAAGAUAACGAUGAUGAUGAUGAAUCAGAGGAGGAAAUAGCGAAGGAAGAGAAAUUUUGCGUUGUUUACAAAAUUUUAAAAAACAUGUUUAAACAUAUACAUGCACCAAGUUAUUUACAGAGUAUAAGACUGAACUAUUAUAAAAUAAUAUUAAUAUCUCUAGAACAAUUUAGAAUUGAAAUUUCUUCUAUAUCUAAUUUUAUCGAUAAAAUUCAAGUACAGCUAGAGAAUGAAUCAGAUCCUAGAAACAUUUUAGUUCUAUUUGACAUUAUAUAUACGUUAUGCAGUAAGUAUCUAUCACCUCCUAUUGGUAGUGAUGAAGAUGUAGUAAGUGUGAAUGAGGAAUACGUAGAUAGAAGCAGUCUGAACAGUGUAAGGGACGAAAAGAGUAGAGAGAAGACUCGUGUCCACGCUGCUCAGCAGGACAAACGAAGCGUUACCUACGCGAAUGAAAAUUGUGCAAACUAUGGUCAAAUGGAUGAUAAUCAAACAAGCGCUAAUCGCACGAACGACAAUCAAGUAGCAGAUAAUCAAGCAGUAGAUAAUCAAGCAGUAGAUAAUCACGUAGCAGAUAAUCACGUAGCAGAUAAUCACGUAGCAGAUAAUCAAGUAGCAGAUAAUCACGUAGCAGAUAAUCACGUAGCAGAUAAUCAAGUAGCAGAUAAUCAAGUAGCACAUAAUCACGUAGCAGAUAAUCAAGUAGCAGAUAAUCAAGUAGCAGAUAAUCAAGCAGUAGAUAAUCACGUAGCAAAUAAUCAAGUAGCAGAUAAUCACGUAGCAGAUAAUCAAGUAGCAGAUAAUCACGUAGCAGAUAAUCACGUAGCAGAUAAUCACGUAGCACAUAAUCAAGUAGCACAUAAUCAAGUAGCACAUAAUCACGUAGCAGAUAAUCACGUAGCAGAUAAUCAAGUAGCAGAUAAUCAAAUAGAUGAUGAUCAAAUAAAGGCUAAUCAAAUGGGUGAUAAUAACAUAAGCGCUAACCAAAUAAACGCGAACCAAAUAAACACAAAUGCGCUGUUCUCAUAUGAAAGGGAGAUGCAGUACCUUAAGUCAGUUAUAGAUAUAGCGUUUUAUUAUUUCCCCAUAGAAUUCAUAAAUAGCGAUGGGCGUUAUGACUGCAUCACUGAAGAGGAUUUACAAGAAUCCUUUUUAAAAUGUUUAAUGUCGAAUAAAAGAUUAGGAAGCUAUGUAAUAAUGAAUAUAUUAGAUCAAUUUUAUAAUACAGAGGAUGAUGAAAUAAAUGAAAAAAACUUAAAAAGUAUUCAAAAAACUUUAGAAAUUUGUGUUCCUUUUUAUGGUUGUGUAUGCACAUCAAAAUUUAUUACUACAGUUAUUGGAAUAAUUGAACUAGAGUGUAUAGAAAAUGAUUGUGCAGAUAAGAUGAUGAACUAUUUUAUUGAUAUACUUUUAAUAUUUAUAAAUAAUAUGAAUAAAGAAGAAACGAAUGGGAAAUAUUCUUUACUUAAUAAAUGUUUUCUUAAUAUGUUUAAAGAAUUCCAAAGGUAUAUUAUACUACAUAAAAAGAUGUAUGAAAAAGAUGAGGAAUACAAUUUUUUUAAUUUUGCUCAUUUGUCAAGUACACACUUAAGCCCAUGUGGUGUUAUACUUACCACUAAUGAAAACAUAAAGACAAGUGAAGAAAAAACGGACAUCCCACUUAUUCCCGAUGAGAAGCGUGAAACGUUGUUACAUAAUUUACUACCACCUUCGAAAGAAAUACUUAAUUCUAAAAUGCUGCAUGUAAACGAAAUAAUAGCGGAAUCGUGUGAAGGCGUUACACCAGAGGGAAACAGCAACGCAAUUGAAAAUUUUGAUCUGAACGACAUUGCCAAUGUGUCAGAUUCAUCGUCCAUUAGCGCUGGAUUGGGCGAAGAAAAUAGCUUUGUGCGUUCGAUGAACAAGUAUGAAAUGAGUGUGAUAAGCGGAAGUGAAAGAAGUGAUAGGAGAGAUCGAAGUGAUAGGAGUGGUCGAAGUGAUAGGAGUGGUCGAAGUGAUAGGAGUGGUCGAAGUGAGAGGAGUGGUCGAAGUGAGAGGAGUGGUCGAAGUGAGAGGAGUGGUCGAAGUGGUAGGAGUGGUCAAAGCGACCGAAGCCAGCGAGACAUAUUUUCCAUUAUUAAGGAAAAGGACGAAAUUGAAAAAAUGAAGGAGAACAAGAAGAAGCAGAAGAAGAAAGAAGGGAAAAAAAAAAAUAAAAUAAAAUUUCACAAAUUUCAUGUGAUAGAAAGAAUACUCAUAUGCAUAUCGAAAGGGAAUAUGCCCAUCUUUUUGUACAUGAUAAACAGUAUUAUUAAGCCGAUCUUGAGGCAGUGUUAUUAUUUAGUAAAUUUUCUAACGAAUGAAAAGGGAAAAAAAAGAAAACAAAAAAGUAAUCCAACAGAGGAUGCUAACAUUAAGAUAAGGGAGAAAUUGGAGGAAGAAACCCAAUCCGACAAGGAAAAAGUGAGUGUGCUAGGUAUUACUAAAUUUUGUGGUAGUAAUGAAAAGGACGUAUUUACAUAUGAUGUGAGGGAUAGAAAAAUAUGGGAUUUACUGGUUAUGUAUAUAAACUUUUUAAAUAAUGUUCUCGAAAAGAGUGCACACGUAGAUGAAGUAGUAUUGUAUAAUAUAUGUUUUAUAAAAGAAAUAUACAUAAUUACAGAAAUAUUAAAAAAAGGAAUUUAUUUUUUUUUUCAUAAAUAUCAUGAUUGCGGUUUGAAUCUGUACAAUGUUCUCACAUAUUUUAUAUGUAUGCAUAAUGACAGGAAUGAUAUAAAUCAUCAUAGGGGUAGUACUUGUAACAUCUCCUUUUUUUUUAAGACCAUUUUUUCCUUUUUUUAUAUUAUCGGUUUGCACCCAACUAAAAAAGAAGGCAUUUCUUUUUUUUAUGAACAUGGUAAUAGUAAAAUUUGCACUGAAAUAUUUGGAGAUAACUUCGUAUAUGUAGAUUUAUGGAGAAUUAGUAUUAACACAAAACAUGCUGAUUUUGAAAAGGACAUCAAGUAUAACAAUGAUAAUAUUAUUAAUAAGAAAUGUAAGGAUUAUAAAGUGAAUGACCUAUUUUUUUUUCUUAAUUUAGUAAAUAAACUUAUAAAAUAUAAAUAUGAACAGAUUCAGAAUUAUAUUAACAUUAUUAUGAUUAAUAUAUGCCUAUUAAUAUUAAAGAUGUAUGUUUGUGCAUAUAAAAAUUUACAUUAUUAUAUAAAUUAUGUGCAUAAAGUAUACUUUAUGAACAUACCAUCUCUCUUCUUCUUGGCAACGAAUAUAUCAUCUUUCAUCUUGAAGCAUUUUUAUAAUUAUGUAGAAACGAUAAAGGAAAUAUGUCUGUGUAUAAAAAAGGAUGACAAGUGUAUUUCGUCUUAUCAGACACACACACUACCCCAUAAGUGCUCACAAACUAAUAUCCCUAAUGGUGUAAUGAAAAGGCUCUACUCACGUUUUUGCAACACAGAGACGGAUGUAGUCGGUGCAAGCUUUGAUGAUAAGGAAGUUAGUUGUGGCGUGAAUACAUAUAAUGAUGAAAUUAAUGAGGAUGGAAAUGCUGGAAACGCUUUUAAUCGUUGGGAUGAAUUCCUUCAGUUCAUUAGUGAGAACAACCCCUCGAGUCAGUACAUGAACGGGGCAAUGCUAAAAUGUGGCGUCGAAAAGAUACACAAUUUAUUUUAUGAUGAUAGUGCAGUAAUACCUGAGCAAGAUGGUAUAAAUCGGGGGUGUGGUAAGGUUAAAGAGUCGGUUGAUCAGAAAGAGAGCAAAUGCAAAAUUGUAAUUAAUAAACGUUUGAAUGAUAAAGAAAUCGUCGCUUUUCAUUUUUUCUUUCUUCUAAAUCUAACUUAUAUGCAUAUCUAUUACACGUAUUUACAAGCAGUAGAAAUGUUACGAACGGAUGAAAAAGCGGUAGACGCAAAUGUGAGUAGUGGAUGUGAUUUAGAAGAGGGACAUAAGGACAAAGAGGAGGAACAUUAUGAAAAGGAUCAAGUAAAAACCUUGCUAUAUGAUAGACCUAUUUCUGUGAAUAAUUUAGAAAUACUUGAACUGUGCAUAAAUUAUAUAUAUGAAGAAAAGAUAAUCAAAAAUGUCUUUUUAAAUAAAGCUUGUGAACGGAUUUUGGAUGAACAGGAAGAGAAGGAAAUGGUUCGAAGCAUAGAAAUAGCUAACGAGGAUUUAAAUUUAAACUAUUAUGCAACUUACAUAAAUGGUAGUAGUGACAUAAAUGGUAGAAGUGAUAGAAUUGAUAGAAAUAAUGGAAAUAUUAAGAAUAAUUUUAUACCAAUUAAUUAUAUAAAAAAUGUUGAGUUAAAGGAUCUAAUGACAUGCGUAAUGGUGGACAAAACGAGUACAGAUGUUAAAAAUGAAUUAUUGUCGUAUGUAAUAAAUAAAAAUAUAUUUAAAAAUGUAAUUAAUUUAGACAUAAAUAUGUUUCUUCACCUUUUAAAAACAACAUUAACAGUUUAUGUUAUAUAUGAGAAGGAUAGUAAGAACAACUUAGAAGGAAAGAGGAGAUCUAAUGAAGAUAGCUGUUUACUAUUUGCUGGAUAUGUGUAUGGAAAGUUAAAAGGAUGUUUUAAUCAUAUUUUUAUAUUCUAUGAUGAGAUGAAAAAAAAAGAACUUUUAGAAAAAUUGAUUCAGAAUUGUGUAUGUACAAAUAAUAGUACAGUUGAUAUAAAUGAACAGAAUGACAUGUUUUACGCAUUUUUUAAAUUACACAGUUGUUCGUUUGAUCUAAAUAAUAGUAAGAUUGAUACAUUACAUCCUCCAUUUAAUGCGUUAUUACUUCUCUUCCUACCAUUCCCACUUUCUGUUUAUCCUUUCAUCGGGAGAAGUUACAUGCACAAAUUGAUAAAAUUAUGCAUGUAUAUAUAUUUAUAUAAUAUAUAUAGCACAAACGAUUCAUUAGUUAGCGGCAUACCAUCAGAAUGCAAGAACGAUAAUUGUGUAGAUGCAAAAGAGCAGCAUUAUACAUGUAAUAAGAUGAGCCAUACUUGUUUGGUAAAAGAUGAAGAGGAUUUACUUAAUCAGUACGACACGUUUUUGAAAUUUUUAAAUGAGAAAAGUGCUUUUUAUUUGAAAGAAUUUAUUCAUGAAUCUUUUGAUCAUAAUGAAAUAAAAAAAUGUUUAUCUCUAAUUGAUUGCACCAAUAUGAGAAGUAUGUAUAAAUGCUCUCUACAAAUUAUGAGUAUCUUAUUACACACUUGUGACUGUAAAGGCGAAAUGCUACCAUUUGUGUAUACUCAUUUCGAUUUAAUAAGACAAUUUUCAGUUACCCUAAAAGGAGCCUUACUAUUUAAGGUAAUAAUACAGCAUUUCACGGAUAUGUUUGAGGCGUUUAUCCAUAAACGCUGUGUCAGUAACGAAGGGGGUAGCAACGAUCAAUUCAGAAGUGGAAGGGGGGGAAGAAGCGGAAAGAAGGGAAGAAGCAGUAACGGGGGAAGUAACAGAAACAGGGGAAGUAGCAGUAACAGGGGAAGUAGCAGUAACAGGGGAAGUAGCAGUAACAGGGGAAGUAGCAGUAACAGGGGAAGUAGCAGUAACAGGGGAAGUAGCAGUAACAGGGAAGAAGCAGUAACAGGGGAAGAAGCAGUAACAGGGGAAGAAGCAGUAACAAGGGAAGAAGCAGUAACAGGGGAAGAAGCAGUAACAAGGGAAGAAGCAGUAACAGGGGAAGAAGCAGUAACAGGGGAAGAAGCAGUAACAGGGGAAGAAGCAGUAACAAGGGAAGAAGCAGUAACAGGGGAAGAAGCAGUAACAGGGGAAGAAGCAGUAACAGGGGAAGAAGCAGUAAUUGGAGGAGAAGCCGCACAUGUGUGCAAGCUAUUUUUCCUAUUUGACUAUUUGUAUUUUAGCAAAAAAGAAGACACGGAAAAGCAGGAAAAAGUUUACUUCAACGGUGAGGGUAAAGGGGUCUCCACAGAAAAUGUUCAAAGUAUGCACAAAAAGAGAAACAGUUUUUAUAAAAGGAACGAAGACAUAUACAUAGUUGACCAAUCGCACCUAAGUAUCUUCCUAGAGUGUGGGGGGAAAAAAGAGGGUAAAAAUGGAUCCAAAGAAACAACAGUAUAUAAUUGUAGGUAUUUAAGAAGAGUUAAUUGUUUUCCAUUUAAUGAGGGCACAAUAGAUGUAAUAAAUUUGAAAAGAAUGUUUUCGAUGAAGAACGAAAUAUUAUCAAGUUGUGUUACCAUGAAUGAGGAUGAUUUCUAUUUAUAUUGCCAUUUUUUUUAUUGCCUUUUUCAAUAUAUGUCCAUUUUUUACGAUUUAAAUUUUUAUACACAGGAAAAAUUUAAUGAAGAAUAUUUUGAAGAGAAUAUUGAAUAUUUGUGUAAUAACUUAGAUAAUAAUACUUGUGGUACGUCAACAUUAAUUCUGUUCUACUAUAGUUAUGUAACCUAUAUGUAUGAGAAAAUUUACUCUACUAUAUAUAAUAUAGAUACGAACACUUUAUUUGAAAAGGAAAAUUAUAAUAGUAUUACUUUUACCCAAAACAGAAGUUUUCUUAUUACAUACAAAAAUAUUCUAAUUAAUUAUUUUUACCAUCUUUAUAAUUAUUUUUAUUUUAUCGAUGUUACGAAUAGGUUUGUUUCUAUGACAGAAUUUUUCUUUAUCUUGAACAGAGAAAAAAUCAUUUUUGAAUAUUCCUUACCUUAUGAUUUCAUUUGUAAAAAUGAACAAAUUGUAAAAUUUGUGCAAAAUUUUAUUUGUAAUUCUGCCUUCAAUCCUUACGCAAAUGUUGAAAGAACUCAAGAAAAAGGGAAAACUACAUUUGUAUUCGAUGAAAUGAAGAAACAAAAACGAAAAAAUAUGUACAUUAUUGAAGAAAAUAAUCAGGUUAAUGGAGAAACCAAAGGAAAUAUUCCAUUAAAUGUUGAUUCGGCAAAUUAUGGUAAAUUUAUUGACAAUGAGACGAACGCGAAAGCCAUUUAUGAUGACAGCGGAGUCUGCAUUGAGAAGUCCAUCACGCAGUCCAACAAUGCACCCAUCAGUACGUCCACCACUACUUCUGUCAUUACGCCUAUCCCCCCUAACGUCGAAAAUGACGAAAAGUGCGCCCUUUUUUUGGACGGUUUAAGAAAGAGAAAGGAAAAAUUAAACAAAUACAAUUGCAAAUAUCUGAGCAUAAUCCAUGUAAUGGCAAUAUUACUGUUAAAUAUGCCCAUUGAAGAAGCAAUAAAUGAUUACUACCAUGUUUUAGAGAUAUGCUUACUUAAGGGCAUUAAUAAAGUGUCCAAUUUUUUUAUCAGCAAAACGGAUUAUCUAUAUAACAACAAAAAGUAUAUCAAUGGGAUAUUAAGGAAAAACACAAGUCUAGUUAAACUAGUGUUUGCCGACACCCGUACUGACAGUGAUAAUCAUAAUGAUGCGUGUGAAAAUCGGGAUGGAAGUAAAAGGAGGGAAAAAGAAGUUGGUGAAAAUAAAUUAAAAAAAAUAUUAGUAAAGGAAAUUAUAUCAAUGAACAUGAUACUCUGUUUGCGUUUACUUUACCUUAUAAUUAAUUUAUUGAAUUAUUUUUUAAAAUUUGAAACUAAAAUUAAAGAAAAAACAAGGAAUAAGAAAAGUAAUAAAAAUAGAAGUUUAAAAGAGAAUUUUCAUUUUUUAUUAUCUUAUAAAAGUAUAAUUAUUAAAAGUGUAUUGAAAAUAAUCGUUUCGGUGCCCCUAGCUUUAAUUAGACACCUGUGCGCUUGUAUUUUUUACGUUCUGUCCUUUUUUAGUUACCAGUCCUUUCUCUCCUACUCGGUUAUUCAAGAUAUAAAAUGGUACUUAUCAAUAGCGUCAGUUGAUCCCCAUAGGAAGGUCCGAAGAAUGGUAGUACUCUGCAGGGCUAGAUGGAUGUAG